UAUGAUUGUUUCAAAAAAUCAUAUUCGACUAUUAGUCGGAGUAUUAGUCAUUUAUUGCUGUAUUGAAUCCACUGUUGGUUCAAUUCGUGGCGUGUUUAAUGAUGUUGAUACGACUACUGAAGCCUCAUCGUCGUCCGAUAUCACGUCUAAUACUACAACAAUGUCCAAUAUAACUGUCUCGCCAACUGAUGAAACAGUUACACCGAAAAGCCAUCAUCGUAGAACAAUUAUUUGGACUAGAAAAACUAAAACGACAGAAGAACCAUCAUCCACGACAACGGAAGAAAAAAGAACAGAUGGAGUUUAUUGACUAUAACUAUUGCUAAACAUCUAUAGUAAUGUACACACUUGUAGACAAGACGUUACUAUACAUAUUUUGUAUAGAAUAAACCAAAUUUAGUUUAUUCGAGAAUAAAAUAAAAAAAAUAAUGCGAACAUUUA